AUGGUUUCCUCAACAUUCAGAUUAUUGAUCCUCUGUACACAACUUGCCUUACUCAUUCUCAUCAUCAAUAUUAAUAUCACUCAUGCACAGCUUCAACCGCUUACAAUUCCAGCCUUCUGUGAUAACAAAGGCAACUACACCACUAACAGCACCUACCAAAAAAACCUCAACGACCUCCUCUCCUCCUUGCUCUCCAACAACAACGGCUACGGGUUCUACAACUCCUCCCGCGGCCAAAACUCGGACACAGUAUUCGCAAUUGGGCUUUGCAGAGCAGAUGUGAAGUCCGACGCUUGCGGUAAAUGCCUCAGUGACGCCACCUAUGCUCUCCCGGAGGCUUGUCCUAACCAGAAGGAGGCAAUUGGAUGGUACCCAAAUUGCAUGUUACGCUAUGCAAACCGCUCUAUGUACGGCCUGCUGGAAGUUAAUCCAGCUAACGCUGCGAGGAACACAGAGAACGUAUCAUCUGCAAGCUUGGAUGCCUUUAACCAAGAGCUCACUGCCUUGUUCAAGAGACUUGGAAGCGAAGCAGCAGGGGGCGGCGAUCUGCGUAAGUUUGCAGUAGGAAACGCAAGCGUUGGCUCGAAUUCUAAUAUAACAAUCUAUGGACUUGCUCAGUGCACUCCAGAUGUGUCGGAGGGAGAGUGUGCUACUUGCAUAGAUGGUGCUUUGGGGGUUGUCCCAUCAUGUUGCAGUGGAACAAUUGGUGUGAGAAUUGUUACACCUAGCUGUAACAUACGGUAUGAGAUUAGCCCCUUCUUUGACAGUACAAACGAGACACCACUGCCAUCGCCCCCCUUAGCAACACCGGCCUCUGCCCCUCCUCCACCACCAACCGGUGCCACGACUCCAGGAG